CAGCUAAGCUCAGGCUGUGGCUUCUGGCCCUUCACCCGUCUUCACCAACCGAAAGAUACUCAUCACACCUCGAAAAACAACAACAACGCAAAAUGUCCAUUCACAUCCAAUUCUCCAACAACUCUAUGCGCAACACGACUGCCUCGUGCGACAGUCUUGGUAUCCACUACGAGAUCACUACGACCGAUGACAGAGUCAUCCAUGUUCACAAGUGGGACAAGAAAAGCCAUGUCAAUGUCCUAGUCGGUGAAAUGAAAUUCUACGUCUUUAAGAAAGACGAGAUCCGCCUGCCUGGUGACGCCGAAUGGAGACCGAUGGUCGAUCUUUACAGAAAAGCCAGCAGCUUCUUUGUUAUGUACGUCCCUCAUCCCAAUUCCCCUACCACCUCCUCGUUUCG